CACACCAUCACUAUCAGUAAUCAUGGCUAGUCCUUUGGCAAGUACGUCAAGGCAUAUGCUUGGCAACAGCGGUCAUGGCAAGGGGUCAGUAUCAGGCCUUGUCAGACGAGCAUUUACUUCUUCAGCCUACCAAAAAGAUGCUCUUACUGCUUCAGGAAGUAGCGUUAGGGAAGCAGAACCAGUGGCAUCUUCGAAAGAAUAUUAUGACAAUCUCAAAGCAAACGAGAGACAAGCUGCAAUAGAUCAAGAAAGGGAAAGACUUCAUAUUCGACAGGCUCGUCUACGCAAUUUAGCUGAUUUGGGUUCCACACAAACUCGUGAAAAUUCAUACAGGCCGCAUCACGGACGUUUGAAUCCAAUCACAGCACGUCAGUUGACUGUUUCCCACUUGAUGGCGGCAACAGCACAUGUCGGACAUGCAAAAUCAUCUCUUUCUCGAGCGUCUGCUGGUUUUGUGUAUGGUACGAGAAAUGGUCAAACGAUCAUCGAUGUGGAACGCUUCACUUUGCCUGCUUUGCGAUUGGCUUGCAAGAUUGUCAAAGAGACUGUAUUUAGGGAUGGUGUAGUUGUAUUCUUGGGGACAGCCGAAGGUACGGAACAUGCAAUUGUCUCCGCUGCAAAAAGAUUGGGCAAGAAUGGGUUCCAUGUAACAGGUGGACGUUGGUUGCCGGGUACAUUGAGUAACGCUCCGAAAGUGUUGGGUCGUGCAAUUUUGGCAAAUGUAGACGAAUACGAAACAUAUCUUCUCGAAGCAGAUCCUCUCAAUCUGGCCACACAACGAUUAAAGCCAGAUUUGAUCGUUGUUUUGAACCCGAAGAGCAAUCUUUAUGCCAUCAAUGAAGCCACACAAGCAGGUGUUCCCACCAUUGGUGUGAUUGAUACAGAUGUCGAUCCACGUUUGGUCACGUAUGCUAUCCCUGCAAACGAUGAAAGCGUGCGAACGUGCGAGUUGGUGGUUGGCUUAUUAAGUAAAGCAGGACAAGAAGGUUUGGAAAACCGAAAAGUUUGGGAAGAUGAACAAGAUAAGAAGCAGAGCAAGGCUUUGCGCAAUUCACGUCGGGCUCCCUCUAAGAAAGCCGCAGAAUCAAGUGAAGCCACAGAAUCAAGCGAAGAGUAG